AUGCCAUUCCUAAAUGAGGAUACCUGGAUCAAUGACCAGGCUUCCACGCAUGAUAUUUCUCAGCUCGAGGGUUGCGCUAUCGCCGUUGAUGCGACUUACUAUCUCAGCCAGCUUCUCGAAACGCCUCCUGCCCACGAACCCCUGCUGUCGGCUCUAGGUGGUCUCACGGGAGUUGAGUCACACAUAAGCCAAAACCUCGAUGAAUGGGCGAAAAGCGACAUCGUCCCUUUCUUCGUUUUCGACGGUCAACCUGUGACCGGCCAGGAUGAUAUCACCUUGGAUCGUGGUCUCAAGGCCAACAAGAAGACAGACGAGGCCUGGAACUUGUACUUUCAGGGCGCCGCUGAGGAGGCGGUGUCGACCUUUGGUACUAGUACAGGUGCCUUUCGCAUUCAGAAUCUCUACCCCCUGCUUCAACAGGUUCUGAAGAGCCGUGACCUUCAUUUUCUGGUUGCUCCCUACACUGCAUGCGCCCAGCUUGCUUAUUUCGAAAUGACCGACUCAGACCAGUGUUCAGGAGUGAUGGGUUCUCAGGAGCUUCUCCUGUAUCCUAUCAAGGACUCUGUACUUCGUACUUUUGACUGGGAAGCCAAGACAGUUACUGCCAUCUCAAAAAAGAAGGUGAUGCGCAGUCUCACGCCCACAGCAAGCGAACCAAGAUUUAUCGACUCUUUCUUGAUGUCUGGAACAUCGUUUCUUUCUCCUUUCCCUGCUCUCUUGGAGACCUCAAUGUACUCGGACUAUAACAUCUCGACUGCCGCCAAUCUGCUGAGGACUGCCGAGAACAGUGUUGCAACUGCUUGCGCUAGCUUCAACGACAUACUGCAAAACAAGGACCCCAACUGGCUCGACAAGUAUCGCAAGGCCAGAAUGGCCGUCCACCACUUCGUCUAUAUCGCUGAGAGCGGUGAGAUCCGUGUCAACGACUAUGAGCACUUGACUAGUGACAACCAUGAAUAUCUCGGCCUCCAGCUUCCAGCUGAGCUCUUCCACUACCUAAACGUUGGUUUGAUUGGACCUCGUCUGCUGGGAAACAUCACCCAUGGACAAGUUGUUAUCCAGCCUACCUUGGAUGGCGUUGCAUCAGACGAGUACAAGAAGUUGGUCACUGACAGAAUAGUGCCCAUCAAGGAGCAGGCGCUUUCUCUUCUGAUUCCCAGACUUCACCGUGGUAUUCAGCACAAGAAUAUCAAAGUGCGGGCUUGGUUUGAUCCUAAAUACUCAUACACUAUCAACCAUCGUUCGGUCAAUCCUCCCCCUUCGCACAUGGUUGCCAGUUGGGACGUCAAGGAGGAAGACGUUCGUGCAUUUUUCCCUGAGGAUUUUGCUGGCCCCGUGUCGUUGGAAGUCUUGUCGCUUGCUAACACCGAGUUCGUUGAAAAGACAUUCCCCAAGGAGAGGCCUAUCAAAGGAAUUGACAGCACAAAUAUGGUGACCUCGGUGGCCAUUUGGCGAUUCAUCCACUUGAGAGGAUAUACUGAUGACCAGCACAAGCUCACAAAGUGGGGCAAUGCUUUGGCGACCACCCUGAUCACUCUGCAGGAUGUCAAGGAGAGCAAUCCUGAGGUGACCGGUCUGUCAGAAGCAGCUCUAGUCGCGUUUGAGCUUAUCAGAAACGGUCUUUUGACAGGAAAGCACACUGAAGGCCAGCCUGGGUUGCCCCGAAAGGGCACCUACGAGGAGAAGGCAACCCUUGUGCUGAUCAGUGAGUGUGCAUCUCUGUUGAAGCUCCGGCAUCAAUCCUUGGGUUACACUGGCCCUCUCAACAAGAGUAUCCUGAGCUUCUGGUCUCUGGCUUCCGCCAUGAGAGAAGCUGAUCGGGAUCUCAUGGAGGCUAUUGUGGCUUCAAUGUUCCUGUACGGACAAUCCAAACGCGAAAGGGAUGAUUACCUGGAAAUCAGCUCACGUCUACCUUUCCAACAGGAACCUGACAUUGGUCUCGGAAUUGCUAUGAUGACCUUCUUCGACGACGACGAAGCCGGUGGGGACAAGCAAGGCCGACUGGACCGGCUGGAGGAGUUCCCCAAGACGUUUGUGCCAUACGCCGAGGCACUGACGGAGGACUUCCGGGUUGCACGCGACUUUGUCGACGCACUUGCUAAGGGUGUGGAGGCGCUGACAGCGGACGAAAUGCGGGCAGAGGAUAAGCAAGUCUGGGCCAGAGCCCAGGCGUACUUUGAAGCACGACCUUUCUAG